UUUGAUUAAAACAAUCCAAUUUUAAUUCGUUUUCAACUGGUAACUUGAAGAAUAAUGUCAGAGCUUACUCCAGUUAAAGAAGCCGAAAUGGAGGUUGAGAAGGCUGAUCAUAAUUUUAAGAAUGAUGAAAAAGAGACUCAAUUCAAAGAGCCCCUGCCUUUUGUUGGACAAAAAUUUAACUUUGCUCUAUUAAAUGAUGAACAAUAUUCAGAAUGUUCUGACUUUGUUAACAAGAGUGAUGAAGAUACUAUUGGCGAGGUUGUGUAUCCGAUACUGACUUUAAAGAGUAAUACAAAGGCGAAACUUAAUAGCCCAAGUGAUACUUCUGUAGAAAUUAAAGCUCCAAAGUUGAAAGCAACCGAUGAAGUGAAGGCGGAGUAUUUGGCUAUUAGUCGUGAGGAGGACAAAAGGCAAAGCGAUGAGUGGCUUCAUAAAAUAGAAAGUGUUGAUGAAUCAGUGAAAGGAGUCGCCGAUAAGGACGAAAAUUCCGAGCAGUGUAUUGUGUACCCAACCCUAAAGUUAAAGAAAAAGCCUAAAUCUAAGAGUGAUCUCUCGAGUGAGGCAGCUUCCAAGAUUGUACUGCAAGAAAGCAAUAUUGAGCAAAAAAUUAGAACUGAAAUGCAAUCAACACAGAAUAAUCAAAAAUCUCAUAUUGCGAAAUCGGUUCGUGGUGAUCCUCAUUUAGUUGAAAACUUGAGUAGCAAUGUAGAUCAUAGUGUGGUGCCAUUAGAGAAACUGGAACUGAUCAAAGGUUCGAAAUCUCUUAAAACUUUUUGUAAACCUGAAUCGUUAAAUGAGAUCAGUCUCCAAAAGUCGAAUUCAUUGGUGGAUUUAAAAAGUUUGCGUCUACGUAAUUCCAGAGUAUCCUUGACAAUAGAAAAUGUGAAAAUGGCGACUGGAUGUGCUGAGACUAUAAAAGACCUUACUGGUUCAUGCUUAGCUUUGGAUGUUUUGCAACAACUACCAACUAAAUACUUUCUUCAACAAGGUUUUCUUUCUUCCAACAACAACAGUGAAUCAGGCAUUAAGUUUUAUUCCUUACUCAUGUUGAACACGUGGCGCAAACAACGUUUGGAAGUUGAGAGGAUGAAACAAGAAACUGAAGAGGUGAAGCAGAAUUGCAAUAACACAAGAAACCAAAUCUAUGUACUAAACAACCUCUAUCGUAUCGAAAUGAAGUGCAACAUGGAUAUGCAAGCUCAUUUAGGGGUCGUUGUUGAGAGUAUCCGUGAAAACAAAGGCAUUGCCAAAUCGUUGACAGAACAAUACGAUUUGCGUUCUGUAGAAAAAUCUGUGCUUGAGAAAAAUUUGCAGUCAAAGAACAUAGAAUGUCAAGCUCUUAAUGAAGUUCUUACAGAAAUCAAAAAUAAGCUAUUCGGUUGCAAUCAUUCCAUAGAAGAGUUUCAAACACUCAUAGAUGAAGAGCAGGGCAAGGGCGCAGUUCUUAAUUCACAGUUAGAUGAUCUAGUAGUCGAUAUUGCUGAUUUGAAACGUAAAAAUAAGGAAAAAGUGAAUAAAAUUAGAAAGGUUAUCACGAAUAGAGAGACAGCGAUUAAUGAAAAAAAAUUAAAAAUUGAAACAGCGAAAGCUACAUCGGAACUAUUGAAUGAAGCACAUGAAGAAUUCGGUGACUAUGAAGCGGCUACAGCUCAGUGGAGAUUGCAAGUUCAGGAAUUACGUGAAAAAGUUGUUGUCUUGCAAAAUGAAAUCGAAAAUAAUAGGUUGAUGAACUGGGUCAAGAAUUCGUUGGUUAACAUCCUGGAUCCCGAAACAAAAGUAGCACAAGCUAUUCACAUCAUACUUUACCUAUUACUCCCAGCGGUUCCUCCACCAAGAUCGAUUCAGUUUCCUUAUGGAUUUAGUGUGGGCAAAUCUUUGAGCUUUAUUUCACACAAGUAAAUACUUGGAAAUUUUUUAUUUUAAUUUGGUUUG